UCGCAAAGGGGAAGGGUAAACGAGCCGCUGGUCCGACCACCGGUCCUAGUUCAAAGGAAAAGGAAGAGCAACGCUCGGAGACGCCGCCCCUUCAUGAGGACAGUACCCCCGAGCCAGUCGCACCGCCGCCGCGCCCUUGCGGUGUGCCGACGAAAUCGAGACGCCGUGAGGUCUUUCAUCAUCGCUUCGGAAGACAUCGCGACCAUUGGUCGCCUUCGCGGGAAGUGCAUCCGUUCGCUCGCCAACUUAGACGGAGACACAUUCAGCGAGCUCAAACGUUACAUCUCGCAUCUGACAAAAUUACGCCUCCACAAGCUGAUGACCCACAAGCAGCGGGAAGCGUUAUGGGAGCUUUUCGGCGACAACUUCUGGGCACUUUCCACGCUUAUCGGUACAGGCGGCGAUGCUGUUGUGAAGAAGGAGCGUCCCUGGGUUGAGCCCGAAGGGGAGGUAUGGUACAAGUACACCGGCAUCGUCUUCCCGUUGCUCGAACUGGCUUUCCUCGGUCACAAGCUGAAUUCGGUCAUAACGGAUCGUUACCUCGGACACCCGCCGAUGUUGGAAUUGCUCUCGUGCCCAGUGAUCCGAAGGUUCUACAAUCCUGGGCUCAUCUGUACCACGAUGUGGUCAUUACUGAGGGAACAUCAGGGGCUCCGCACAGCGGACUUGCAGGCGGCUCGCAAGAAGGAAACAGCAUUCACAGACUUGGAAAUCAAGUGGAUGCCAGACCCUCAGAACAUCUCGAGAACUUGCGGAACCUUCGUAUACUCCACGGUCGAGCACCCGGGCGUGUCCUUCCAGGACACGGUUGUCGAGGGAUUUCGUUACCCUUCGUCCGAGGUCAUCAACGAGGACGAGGAUAUUUUCGAGAACAGCGACAGAUGGCAUGCAGCGAUGCGUUCAGUGCAAUAG